AUGGACAAGAAAGACCGGAUCCGUCGUCAGCUCAGGUCGUGCGCCGAACAAAUGCAACAGCUUCUUGAUCAACUAAACCCCAAUCACAAGAUCUCACAAUCCCUGAAGGCCAGCAUCAGUCAGAUUCGGCACUUUAACAAGUUCGACCAGCCUAACGUCCUCUCGCUGUGGCAGGAUCUCCUCCAUGAACCUCGCGCCCUUCCUUUCCGCGUCGAGGAGUUCAGCCGUCAGGAACAGUCCAAAAGUCUUCUCGAUAGACGGGCUGAGCGCAGUCAUGGUAUUCCGAUUCUUCUUGUGGAUACUGGUAAUAAUCGCGAAGAAGGUCUACCUGGAGUGCAGAAGAAGGUUGAAGCUCACGAUAUACUGGACGAAUUUCAUGAUGCACCGUUGAAGUUGAAGGUUAUGAGAAAGCGGGAAAAUGAUGACGAAGACGAACUGCUUCAGCCUGACAAUGAGCGUGGAGGAGGACUGCUGGAAGAUGAGAAGAAACUUGAGGGUCAAAAUAUCACCGAAAACAGGCAUCGUCCAGCGACAAAGUGGAAGGUCGUACGAAAGCGAAAGAAUAGUGCUGACUAUGACGGCGACGACGAGCUGAAUCAACCCGAUACGAAGCGCGUGAAGUCUUUCAGGAAGCAUGUGUGCAUCGCGCUUUGA